AUGCGCCAUGCCUCACAGCUGUGCAGAGGGCUGGCGGAGGCUGCUCGUUCCUUGGAGCGGCCUUACGUUCCUCGACAUGUUCCUCUGCCUUCAUCCAGCUACAGUACCCAAGCACAGCAAUCGCCCACACCAACUGCCCCGAAACCCUCUACAGAUCAUAUCUCCAAUCGAUCAGAGGAGUCGAGCGCCCACGAUGGAGCUCAGAAUGUCAGAGUCACCAAACGAAUCACAGCCCUGGACUCAAAUCCAACACACCAGCGCUCUCAGCAAAAUUCUCCGCAACCAUCUCCUUCGCCUCCACCAAUAGACAGGCAACGCCAUCAGUCUUCCGACAGUAGUCACUCUCUCUCCACCUCACAAUCAUGGGAUGCUGCCGCCUCAGCCAAGCCCGAACCCCAACAAAGCAGUACUCGUGCUUUCAACAAGUCUUUCGUCCAAACGGCGGCACACGCGUAUGCUGGUGCUUCCCCGAAAGGCCAGGCAUCUGCAAUGCGCAAGAUCUUCAACGAUGCUGAUCAACGUGGACUACAUCUUGAACUCGAUCGGACAGCCCGUAAGGUAGAGCUUCUCAUGGUAGCCUAUCCGCGUCUGAGCAAACCUCAGGCCAAUUUGCUCCUACAGACCUUUCGCCAGAUCCAUGCAUUCCGCUCGCAAGCGCCGACCGCCCUGCUAUCAUGGUAUGAGGAUCUAGUCUGGACGACUGAACGUCAGACCCAGGGCUUGGAACAAAUCGAGUCGUCACAAAGUCUUUCGCUCUUACUAAGAUACGUAUAUCAGAAAAACGACUUACGCUCGCUCCUCCGCUUAGAAAGUCGAGCUGCGCGGAUGCCCAGGACGCUGCAACAGUUAAGCGAUCCGAUAGCUGAGACCAAGCUGUUGCCGAAGAAAUUGGGCAACUAUGAAGUCGAUGGCGUCGGUAUUUGGCCAGAGUCUAGAGAGAAUCCAUGCCGUCUAGCGUUCAAUCUCAAGGUGGCAUAUGCAGCAAAGGAGGGCAAUUGGAUCAAGGUCGACGAAUAUGUGAGUCAAGCAGGUCUCCUAUCAAAUAAGGUCACAGUAGGGAAGGCGAAGUCAAGAUCUCGCUCAGAUUUGAUGUUAGAUACGAUCGGAUGGGGCUGUCUUCUCCGGUUUGGCUUGGGAGCUGUUCGCCAGUCCGACAGUAGGAAGCGACGUGAUACUCGGGCCCGCCCUGCGGAGGGAGAGACAUACCAGCCAACAGUGCCCUCCACUAUCUCAGACACAACGACAACAUUAUUAGAAGGCAUAGCGGAUGAAGAGAAAGCUAGACAGAUACAGCAGCAGGAGGCACAAGCGCAAGCCAAACUCUCCCUGACCAAACGUCUCCUACCCCACCUCUUGCGGCACACCAGAAGUGCGCUCAAACAUUCCAGCGAUACUGCUGGAGAUCCAAACUCUGCAGACCCAGCCACGCCGGCCUGGCUUCUUCAAUCAGUGCUGACACAGCUAGCCGAAAGAGGCGACACAGCAACAACGAUGCGCAUUGUCCAGCUUGCGCUCUCCGAAACAUCUACGCUCGACCAACAUGCUCUUGUUCGCGGUGGCGCCACCAGCAUCCUCAACUUGACCCUCAUUGCCUGUCAUCAGAACCGCGCUGUUAGUCUCACAGAGACCCUGCGCAUCUUCAACAAUCUCACUGGCUCAACGCUCGGACAGAGCGUUAAUGAUCCUGCGUCUGUUGCCAGCAAGCUUCGCGAGACGGAGGCAGAUGGAGCAUCCAUCCAAGGGAGUGAGAGGCAAACGAAGGGAAGAAAGAUCGUACCGAACGAAGAAUCGUUGGUUUUGAUGCUGAAGAAGGUAAGGCACCCGCUGUUUCGAGCAGCAUGGACCCGAAAGUUGGUGCAAGACUUUCAGCGGCUGUUUCCGAAAGUGCGGUUGACGGGAAGGACUUAUAGGAUGAUCAUUGAUCAGUGCGUUGCUACUGCUCCUGUUCUGCAACCUCGUCCGGAGGAAGCGGUCUCAGAAGACGCCCCGGCCGCGACCGAGCACAUGGUAGCUAGUGGUCGUAGAGGCCGUCGUCUGCGACAGGCCGCCUCAUCCACAAAGUCCUCCAGUAGCACACCGCCGACCAGCUCUACUACAGCACUGUCAGCAACCAGAGGCCCAAUCAUCAAACAGUCCAUCCUCGCCAACACGCUACAAGACAUUCUCAACCGCUUCCAACCCACCCAUCCGACAUCGCACUUGCAUCUGAGUACAACCAACAGACGAAGGUUCGAACAUACCCUACUGCGCGCACUCCGCCUGUUGAAUCCUAAGAGAGAUUAUCAUCUCCAAAAGCUUAAGGAGGGAGCGAAGCAGGGAUUGGUGAAGCACCACUCAGCUGCAGUUGAGGAUAUCGUUCGGAUCAUCGGUUUGAUUGCACAGGUGAAGCGUCUGGGACGGACGGAGGAAGAGCGCAGAAAAACGUCUCAAGCCAAAAACGCAGUUGUAGAUUGA